AUGAAGAACCAGCGGGAAAUGCCCUUGGAUUCGAUUUGGCCAGUGGCUGGGGCUCUGGGAAUCGUACCUCCCCCGCUCUGUGGGGCGAUCCCAGCCUCCAGUGACUAUGUGGCGAAGCCGGGGGAUAAGGUUGCAGCGAGGGUGAAGGGUCUGGACGGCGAUGAGCAGUGGAUCCUCGCUGAGGUGGUCAGCUACAGCCACACGGCCAACAAGUACGAGGUGGACGACAUCGACGAGGAAGGAAAAGAGAGACACACCUUGAGUCGUAGGCGUAUCAUACCUCUUCCCCAGUGGAAAGCGAAUCCUGAGACAGAUCCUGAGGCUUUGUUUCAGAAAGAUCAGCUCGUUCUCGCCCUGUACCCACAGACCACCUGCUUCUACCGGGCCCUCAUCCACACACCUCCCCAAAGGCCCCAGGAAGACUAUUCUGUGCUGUUUGAGGACACUUCUUACGCCGAUGGGUACUCACCCCCGCUCAAUGUCGCCCAGCGCUAUGUGGUAGCCUGCAAGGAGACUAAGAAGAAAUGAGCACCAUGGAGGGCAUCGAGGGAACCUCCGAUGGGAGGAGCGAGGGACUUAUCAUCUGCUCUGUUCUUCCCUUGCUUUUCCCCCUCCCUUUUCCAAUGUCCACUUUGCCUCACCAGCUCCAGCUUCCCUCUGCACUGAAUAUCCCUCGGUGCAGGGUUCACAUCUGGAGGGUCAGUGCUGAGGGAGAGCCUCACUGUGGGAGGGUCAGUGCUGAGGGAGAGCCGCACUGUAGGGGGGUCAGUGCUGAGGGAGAGCCGCACUGUCGGAGGGUCAGUGCUGAGGG